AUGAAUCCCGGCGAUAGUCGUGGUAUUCACCCCGACGAGGAGUUGUUCAUGAACAACCCUCCCAGCAGGCCAGGCGAUUCAUCACGGAUUGGACCACUGCGAAUCAACAAAAGAGACUCAGCGUCUUCAGCAUCCCCUGCUAGCCCACCAAACGUUCCGCUACCUUACCCAGAUGACAGACCUCGUCUUCAAAUGCGCACUUCCUCUUCUAAUGAUGGGUGGCCCGCCGACCCUCAUAGAUAUGGGUCCCCGCCCAUCAGCUCCGGCUCUGUGAGCCCCGCUGAUUACCCCCCGGCUUUGCGCCCGCGAGAUAGUCGCGAGCCUCGAGUCGCAACCCUGGCAGAACGGCGUGGAAAUGCGCCAAAGCCACUGCCAGAGUCCCCCGGCGCAGAUUCGCCAACUCUAGAAUCUCUCGCAGCUAGACAAUACCCUCGCCCUCCACAGAUCACCUCCGCUGCUCCUCCUGCUCCUGUGGGCAAUGCUCCGUCGGAGAGGCCGCAAUCACAGUACGACUUUCGCCAACAAUACUUCCCACCUCCUCAGCGCACAAAUUCACGUCCCUCGUCUGCUCGGCCACCUUCUACACUUCAGCCCCCGCAGUCGGGUGGAAUCAAUCGAAUUAGUUCGACUUCCACCACUCGCGCUCAGCGUGGCUCUCCACCCCCACCAGAAACACCCGUGGUGGGCCCAGGUCAGCAGCCUGGCUCGGAUAUCGAAGCCCGCUAUGCUGCAUCUGGAAUCGCUGGUACUGGGACACUUACUAGUCUGCAAACGCAGAGUCUCGCGGCACAGUCACGCGCAGCACAGUAUUCUGGACAGCAGCCUGUUCAGCAGCAGCAACCUGCUCCAAGGAGGCCAUGGACGCCCACCGAGCAGCCUGGUACUCAACCACACGGCCCACCUACAGUAUAUCAAGGUGCAGAUGUAGCUGGUGAAGAGCAGCAAACUCCAGUCCAUCCAGUACAUCCCGCAUACAGUAGCCCGCCACCACAGCCGCAAUCCUACCCCACACCUCCACCUGCUCAGUCACAGCAGCAGACCCAGCCUCAGUAUAGACAACAGUCACCACCGCAGGCCCAGCCACAGCCACAACAGCAGUCCCCCAUUCCAACCAAUGCGCUUGAGCAAGAUAUGGACCGGAUGAAUUUGAGCUCCUCGCCACCACCUGCUUAUUCGACCAUCCCAGGUGCCGCACCGGCAAACAACUAUCCAGCGGAAAAGCAGAGUAAUGUAGUUGCUGGACCUGCUGGACCUGCUGGACCUGCUGCCGGAGCCGCUGCUGGGACAGCCAUGGCAGGCCAUCCCGCAUUUAUGAAUCAAUCUCACUCUGCCAAUUCUGCGACUGCCUCUUCUGCCCCAUCAGUCUCACCACAAGACCAUCCUGCAUUUGCCAAUGAUCCUCGGCAGCAGCCUCAAUCGGGACAAUCCCCUCAAAGCGCUGUACCAAAUGGACAUCCCGUACACCAACAGAUCGUGCACCAGCAGGUUAUGUCUCCUGGACCAUCUUCUGCACUUCCACCAGCGUCCCCGCCGCCCCUCCCAGAGGGCUGGAUGGCCCACAUGGAUCCAAGUUCUGGCCAGUACUAUUACAUUCAUUUGACAACACAAUCGACGCAGUGGGAAUUUCCAAAGGGACCUACUCCCUUGAAUAUGAACGAAACGCCUAUGUCACCCGUUGGAAGUGUGUUCAGUAGCCACCCGUUAGCCUCGCCUGGUCUAUCGGCAUUAGCUUCCCCUGGGCUGUCGGCAUUCAGUAAACCCAUGGCUUCUCCAGGGAUGCCUAUGACUCCUGGCUUUGAGAGCCUCCAGUCUCCCCUUACAGGAUUCUCUGGACCACCACCCAGCAGUGGGGUAGACUUAUACAAGACAGCUCCCACAAAUGGUGUUUACUUCGGUCCUUAUCUACGCUACACCAAUAUGGACAUUGAGCGUGGAAUUUGGAUGGGCUCCAUUCUCCUUGUGACUGAUUCCGCCCAGCCUCCAACGAUACAUCUUCACCAGAGCGCUGAUUUGUCUCCAAACCCGAGACAAUUGAAGGGCAAUAAUAUCGCGGCUCAUCAAAGAUGGACAUUCUACAAGUACGAGGUGGAUAUUCAAAUGGAUGAUAUGAGUCCAGCAAAAUGGACCUAUGCCAUCACUUCGCAUCUUGGUUGUACCCGUUACGAGUUCCUUGUCGCAGGCAGACAUGAGACCAACUGGCGCUUUAUUGCAACAUCUGGGAACGACUUCUCGGUAAAUGUCAAUGCCAACGAGCGAGCUCGCCUGGGAGGUGUCGGUUUCGUAUGGAAAGAUAUCAUGCAAAAGCACAAUGAGAUAGGUGGCUUCCACGCCCAACUGUGUCUCGGAGGGCAGAUUUAUGCAGAUAGAAUGUGGAAAGAGAUUGCUUGUCUGAAGCAGUGGCUAGCUAUCAGUGGGAAAGAAGCCAGAAAGAAUGCGCCUUGGACAGCUGCAAACCAGCAGGAUGUCUCUCACGCAUACUUCCACUACUAUACUAGCCACUUUGACCAGCCAUACCUACGGGAGUCAUUUGCACAGAUUCCCUAUAUCUGCCAAAUCGAUGACCAUGAUAUAUUCGACGGCUUUGGCUCAUAUCCCGAUCACAUGCAAUUUUCAAACAUGUUCAAGAACAUUGGGCGGAUUGGGAUCGAGAUGUAUCUGUUGUUUCAGCAUCACACAACGCUGGACAUUCUUCGCAAUGCUAACAAUGAUACUGACCUAUUCACAAUCACUGGAACUGGCUGGCACUUUGUCAAAUAUCUCGGCCCUGGUGUGGUUGUGGUUGGCCCGGAUUGUCGUUCGGAGCGCAACCCCCAUCAAGUGAUGGCUGGUCCCACAUACCAAGGUAUCUUCCCCAAAGUGGCAAUGCUACCUCCCAGUGUCCAGCAUUGUCUAUGGAUGGUAGCAGUACCUCUUAUAUACCCAAGAUUGGAGACCGCUGAACACAUCGCCCAAACCGUCGCUACCGGCAAGCGGGCUGUGACUGGGACUUAUAAUUUGCUAGGUAAGGUCACUAGCUCGGUCGCUGGUGUGGUAGGAGCCAAGGAUUUUGUCGGCUCUGGCUUUGAUUCUGUGAAGCGUGCUGUUGGAAAGUCUGGUCUCAUGGGCAGUAUCUUGAGUCCUUUUGGAGAAUUCGAUAUGAUGGAUGAGUUACGCGACCAAUGGACUCAUGAAUCCAAAGACCUCGAACGGACAUACUUGAUUCGCACUCUGCAGGGAAUCGCUCACCAAAAAUCUCUCCGCAUGACUUUCCUCUCUGGGUCUGUUAAUGUCUGCGGUGCUGGUCUUGUUCACGAUCCAAGCCAACCGUCUGAUCACAAGACUAUGUACCAGCUGAUUGCAUCGCCGUCUGUCAAUACUCCACCACCGUCCUACGUUGUUAAACUUCUGCACAAUAGCAGUAAGCCCUUGUACGUUCCGGCGAAUGGACACAGAUCGUCGUCUCAACCCACCGACACGAAAGAAGACAUGAUGGAGAUCUUUCAGAAUGAUAUCAAUGGUCAGGCUCGCGAGCACCGUAAACUCAUGGCUCGUCGAAAUUAUGUCGCUAUCGUGGCUUAUGACCCGGAUGUUGUACCUUCAACUCCUUUCAGCCCUGCGGGUGCCACACAAGGCUCACAAUCGAAGCUGAGUUUGGCAGCAGACUUCAUGGUACAGGGAGAAGGGGCCUAUGCCAAUGUAGUCAAGUAUGGGCCAGUCAUCGUGCCAAGUCUGGAACAUGGCCGAUGA